AGUUACAAACUGGUAACCAAACGCGAAAAGAGGGAGAAGAAAACACUUGAAUUAUUUACACCAGUGGCGUAGACCCAACACAUACCUGUUGGAGACAUUUUCCGUCUUUAGAAGAUAUUUUUAAGCCGUAUUAAUGCGGCUGUAGGUUGUUUAUUAGCUGUCAGGGGUGUUUGGAUGGAGGUUUGAAGAACGAAAGUUACUCUUUAGACGCCCAGAAUCUGCUUCUAAUAAGAGGAGAGACAUCAUGGACUCGUUCAGCACGAAGAGCCUGGCCCUGCAGGCCCAGAAGAAGCUCAUGAGCAAGAUGGCGACUAAGACGAUGGCCAACCUCUUCAUAGAUGACACCAGCAGCGAGGUACUGGACGAGCUGUACCGGGUGACCAAAGAGUACACGCGCAACCGCAAGGAGGCGCAGAAGAUCAUCAAGAACCUCAUUAAGAUGGUGGUCAAGUUGGGCGUCCUCUACCGCAAUGGACAGUUCAACAACGAGGAGCUUGCGUUGGUUGAGCGCUUCCAGAAGAAGGUGCACACGCUCGCGAUGACAGCCGUCAGCUUCUACCAGAUCGACUUCACCUUCGACCGCCGCGUCAUGAGCAACCUGCUCAACGAUUGCCGUGAACUGCUGCACCAGGCCAUCAACCGGCACCUGACGGCGAAAUCUCACAACCGUAUCAACCACGUCUUCAAUCAUUUCUCCGACUGCGAGUUUCUCGCGACGCUGUAUGGAUCUUCGGCAGUGUACCGCGGCCACUUGCAGAAGAUCUGUGAAGGAGUCAAUAAGAUGCUGGAUGAUGGCAAUCUUUGACCUCUACCUGUUGUCUUUUUUAUUUUAUUUUAUUUGAACAUGUCUUUUGUUUGUUUUAAAUGGAGCUUAAGCUCAGGAGACAUCGUGCCUUAUUUGUUCAUUGGACACUAAGUCUUGUACGAAGUCUUAAAAACGUGGGUUAGAGGUGGUUUACAGCACCAAUGCAAAUCUGCUCCUGUUUGUCCAAAGGUAAUUUGGGAGCACCGAUUAAGAUCCACCAUCAGAGGAAAUGAAGGACCAUUUGCAAACCUUUUUGAUGCUGAGAGGACAUUUCAAGCACUUGCGAAUGCGAAAUGCACUGGGGGAUACGUAUGAAACGUUUCAUCUCUGAUUUUAGGAAAUGAGCCUGCGGCAUCAUCCUCUCGCUUCCCAAAAAUAGACACGUUAAAUCCGCAACCCAAAAUGACUGUUUUUGGUCAUGUCUGAGGUGAUUCAUCUGGAGGCUGAUACUGAAAUAUGUGUAAACCAUCACCCCUGUGAUUUCUAAACUUGGUCAUUUAGUGGUUUACGUUCGUUUUUGUUUGUUUUUCCUCUUCAUAUCGCCCCCUGCUGAUGGGAGGUCUUUACCAAGAUGCAGUUCCUGAGCGAGGAAUGAAGAAUGUGCUAGAAUGUCACUGUACUACCUUUCAACUUGUUUAUUUUACUGUUUUAAUGAAGGUUUUAUAUGUUUAAAUACACAACUGAGCCGUUUUCUCCAUGAUACAUGUUUGAACAAAGAAUUCAAUGACCAGAAGUCUCGAUGUCCCAUUUCUGCCAUUAGUUUGUUUUAACUCCAGCUGUUUUGAUUUUAUUUUGUGUAUUUUAGUGGGUGAGGAUGUCGUUUAACACAGAAACAAUGUAAAAGCUACCAAGAAAUGUGCAUGCAGAAAUGCUAUUAGUAGAAGUCUAUAAGGCAGCUGUACACUUGUCCCAUAGACUUGCAUUGUAAUUGCUAAUCUGCCCACGUUUUUAAUUCGUAUGUAUACUUGAUUUUAACCUUGAAUAUUUUAAACUUUAUCUUUUUACGGAAUGACAAACUGAAAGAAUCACAAAGUUUGAGUUAUUUGGAUCUUUCUGGGAUACCUAAAGGCCUAUAUAAAGCUCUUAGUUAACUUUUGUUUGUUUUUGUUCUUUUUCUCUAUGCACUUAUUUAGUUUUCUCAGUAGCAGAGGGUUGUUUGACUUUGUCGUCUUGUCACUAGAUUUUUAAGUUAAGCUCCAUCUAAUAAAUGAAGUAUCAACAGUUUCAAGAGAAAAGGUGAAACUUUUGAGUAACUCUUGACCGCAGUAAAAGCCAUACCUUCUGAUUAUCCUAAAACCUCUCAGGGUUCAGUCUUACAUGUGGUGUUUUUGGCCAAUUUAAUCGGAUAAAGGACCGGAUACCUUGUUUUGCUUUUUGCAGAUGUCAACUGAGCAUUCACAUCACAGCAUUGUUUUUAAACUAGAAUGUUAAAGGUUAUUUUUGUUCAUCACAAACAAGUUCUAUUAAUGUACACACUUUUCUUUUCUUUUUUAGACCUUGUGUAUAUAAAUACAGUAUUUGUGUGCGUAUAAAUGUGUCAACCUUAA